AUAUUAAUUUGUUUGGUUAGUGUUUUCAAUGGUAUUGUUUCAGGAGUCGUCAUGGAAACCCUGGCUUGUAUCUCUUGCAAUGGACGUCAUCAGUCUUCAUCUUCAUGGUGGGUUAGUUCAUUUUAAAACUUCAGAGCCUUCCGAGAUGCUUCGGAGAAGAUUGGUUCUCCUGUUGUAUUUACUGAGGUCACCAUUUUAUGAGAAGCACACAAAGGCUCUUCUUUUUGCUUUCCUUCAAUACAUUGCAUCACAUGUCCCACUUACCUCAUGGAUAAUAAAGCCACUGGUUGAAUAUUUACCAGUUUGGAAAGAUAUCUAUUCUUACAACUGGAUGUCAUGACUUAAUUAAUUUUGAGUGUAUAAAAAUAAUCAUAAUUAUUAUUGGCUAAAAUUCUAAGAAACAAAUCACUCUCUCUUUAUCAUUAUUAUUAUUGAGUAUUAAUGGUUAUGAAUUAAAUUCCAAAUGCUAUGAUGCAGACCAUUGCAAAGAA